AUGGCUGAACCUUCGGACAAUCCUCUCCUGUCUUCGAAGCCCUCCGAAAGUGACCUCACCGUCUCUCUCCAUCCACUUGUUCUCCUCACAAUAUCGGACCAAGUCACAAGACAUUCGCUGCGAAAACAGACAGGCCCCGUGGCGGGAGGGCUUCUUGGGCAGCAUAAGGGUAGGGAAAUUACAGUGGAACAUGCUUUUCCUGCCGUCUUAGUGAGAAGUCCCGAAGGACAAUGGCAGUUUGACAUUGCGUGGCUGGACUCGAGGAUCCAACAAUAUGUUGCGGUCCACAAAUCCCCCGCCCUGGUUUUCGUCGGCUGGUUCACGCUUUGUUCACCUGAAGGACCUAUGCCCGAAUUCGUACCCCUACAGGAACAGGCGACCGAUUGCUGCAAUGAAAACGCCAUUCUCUUGGCCUUGCACCCUGAAGCAAUCCAAUCCGGAGAUUCUGGAGAAGGAAAACUGCCCAUCACGAUUUAUGAGAGUGUCGACGACCGUGAACAGCCCAGGGAUGAUGGGACAAUGCAACCCGACGGAGAAGAGGGAUCAAUGCAGAUUGACAGAGAAGAGCCAUCCGGCAUAAAGUUCCGCCAAAUACCGUACACGAUCGAGACAGACGAGACGGAAAUGAUUGCAAUAGAUUAUGUCGCCAAGGGCGCAGGUGGUGCAACGGCAAUCGAUGAUGCGGUGUCCGAGGAGCCUACUCCAAAGUCAUCUGAACUUCCUCAGACUGACAGAAAGGGCAAGAAGCGAGCAGACCCACAACCAGACACUCCCGACAUGUUGGAAACAGGUAGCGCAGAGAAACCACUGAAGGCGCUCAAUCCGGAAGAAGAAGACCAGAUCGCCAAUAUAACGACCCGGCUCAACGGUGUAAGGAUGCUGCAGUCACGUCUUCAACUCCUGAGCAGCUUCAUCCAGUCCCUUCCACCCUCAUAUGUCUCUGCUCCAAGCACUGGCACGGAAAGUCUACGACUGACGCCGACAACACCGGACCCAUCGCAACUCCCUCACUUACGCAACAUCCAAGCUCUGCUCACACGCCUCUCCCUGCUCACCCCGGCCACAGAAUCAUCCCAAGAACACCCUUUGACAUCUGCUUCCCUGGCGCAAUCCAACGAUGUUUCUCUCGUCAGCCUCCUCGCCCUGCUCGGUCAAGACAUCCAGGCACUUUCCGAACUUGGUCGCAAAGCCGUCACCGUGGAGGCGAACAAGAGUAGUCCCAAAGGCAAGCAUCAAGGGUCCGGAGGGGCGAAGGGUGCAGGUGCAGGCGGAGGCGGCACAGGAGGCGGGACAGGGCCCGGUGCACAAAGUGGCCUCACAAGCAUGGACGAAAGCGACCUGUUUCCUGGGUUUGGCGGAGUGAGCAGUGCUGGGGCGUCGGCUAUGGUUUAA